AUGCCUCCCAACCACGGCCUAGUCCACGCCAAAGAGUACGACAUCAAGGACAGCAACGUCGAGCUCAUCGGGAGCGACAUUGACCACCGCGUCAAACACAAGUCGGCCGCGACGGAGCCGGCCUGGAACGACGGCGCGGUCGGCACCAAGCCCGGCCUGCGCGUCUGGCGCAUCGAGCAGUUCCAGGUCGUGCCCUGGCCCGAAGACCAGUACGGCCAGUUCUACGACGGCGACAGCUUCAUCGUCCUGCACUCGUACCCGCUCGGCAAGGCGUCAUCGUCGUCGGCCAAGCUCGGCCACGACAUCUUCUUCUGGCUGGGCAGCCACACGACGCAGGACGAGGCCGGCACCGCCGCCUACAAGACGGUCGAGCUGGACGAGUUCCUCUCCGGCGCGGCCACGCAGCACCGCGAGGUGCAGACCGCGCCGUCGGCCGAGUUCCUCUCGCUGUUCCCGCGCCUCACCAUCCGGUCGGGCGGCGCGCGCACCGGCUUCCGCCACGUCGAGCCGCAGGCCGCCCGCGCGCCCGUCCGCACCCUGCUGCGCGUCUUCAAGAGCCCCUCCGGCGGCCUCGUCGUGCACGAGGUCGAUCCCGCCGUCGGCAGCCUGGACGACGGCGACGUCUUCGUCCUCGACGUCGGCGACAAGAUCUGGGUCUGGCAGGGCCGGCGCUGCAGCCCCGCGGAAAAGGCCAAGGCCGCCCAGGUCGUCCACGACAUGACCCUCGCCAAGCACAUUGACGUCGAGGUCGUUGCGCAGGCCGAGGCGCGAUCCCGCCGCGUCACGGAGCUCCUCGGCGGCGGUGGCGGCGACGACACGCCCCGGGACGGCUUCAGCCAACGCCGCCCGAUGGGCGCGGCGGCCGGCGAGGCUGCCGACCGUUCGGCGAGGCUGUUCCGUCUCAGCGACGCCAGCGGCCGGCUGACCUUUGAGCUGGCCGGGGACGGAGGCCGCAUCUCACUGGGGGACCUCGACGGCAACGACGUGUUCCUGCUGGAUGAUGGCGGCAGGGGCGUCUGGGUAUGGGAGGGCGCCGGUGCGAGCCGGGGAGAGAAGGCGGCGUGGCUGUCUGUUGCGCAGGCGUACAUUCGCCAUCUUCAGAGCGGCGAUCCUGAUGCCGCGCAUCACCUGGUGCCUCUGGCCAAGGUGAGGCAGGGCAACGAGAGCAGAGCCUUCUUGAGGGCUAUAGAGGCGUGCUAG